AUGGAGGACGAGGGCGUGAAGCAGGAGGAUGCCCGCAAAUAUGUCUAUACGCAGCAAGACAUCCUGGCCAGGCACAAGGGCAAGCCGCCGUCGCUCCGUGUCUACCUGCACCCCAAGCACUUCCGCUUGAACGACUCCCAGGAGACGCUGUCCUAUGCCUCUCCUAUGCGCGAGCUGCUGCAGGCCAUCAAGGACAAGGAGGUGCCCCACAACAUGGUCGAGGAGCUCUACGAGUUCAACACGCCCUGGUACGACAACUGCCUCAUCGUCGAAGUUCACGACUACCGCUCCGCCGGCGUCAAGCCCAAAGAUGAUACCAACAGCACGGGCGAGGCCGGCACCAGCGCCUUCUCUAUCCACAACUACAACAACUUCAUAACGCCCUCCCCCUUCGCUCCAUUCCCAGUCAACAAGCCCGAUGCGAAGCCUGGCCAGCCUAACGCACAGAGCAAAGACGACGAGACCAAGGAGGACAAGGAGAACAUGCCCGCUCCGGGUCAGAACGGCGCCCUGUCUAAGCAGCCUGGGAUUGGCAAGGUCAGGACAGUGGUGCUGUUUCCGACUCCGCAGUCGCAACUGGCCGACAUGCAGCUUCUGGCCACCACGCCCGUCCCUGACAUGGCCACCCUCAAAAGAAUGCAGGCCCAGGGCAGGACUGGGGGCAUGCCACCGACUCCAAUGACUGCAGUACCCUCAACGCCUACCUUUCCUAAUGGGCCCAGUCCGAAGCGCCAGAAAAUGGUCCUUGACGACAGCAACGUGCACGAGUUCGAGGCUGAGUUUUUGAACGCUACAUGCCCGCCCCUCUACCUGGAACCAACCAAGAGCUUCGGCCAAUCCCUAGCUCUCAUGGAUGCCAUCACACAUCCGAACAAUAAGAACCCCGCGCCUCCACGCAAGACUCGUAAGAGGACUACCGCCGAAUUGGCUGCCGACGAGGCCGAAGCGCAGAACAUGCAGCGCUUCAUGUUGGCAGGCGACGAGUACCAGAGCAUCAUGACGGCCACCGCUACAGGCAACGACGACAACGCCGUGCGCGCUGCUGCGAAUUCCCAGACCUUCGCCCGCUUCAAGACUAUUGCUAACAUCCGCGCAAAUCACGAGGAAGCCGACCGGAGGAAGAAGGAAGAAGAUGCUCGAAUUGCUCAGGCCAAGCGUGCGGCGCAGAUGGAGGCCGAGAUCCAGAGAAAAAGGGAGAUGGAGAACAGGCAGCAAGCCGAGCUUGCGGAGCGUCAACAGCAGCAACAAGCCCUUCGUCAGCAAGCGCAUCAGGCGCAACUACAGCAAAACCAGCAACAGAACGAGGCCGCGCGAGCCGCUGCGGCAGCACAGCACCAGAUGUCCAAUGCGGCAGCGAUACAGGUUACACAGACACCCCAAUCGGCUACGCAAUCUCAAUUCUCACCAACCAUACGCCAGCAGACGCCCAUGGCUGUCUCUGCAGCUUCGCCGUUGGUUGGAGGGCAGUCUGCGCAACACUUGGGCGGCACUCCAAUGGUUCCAACAGCAUCGAAUCAAGCUAUCAACAGCCCUGCUCGACCGCCGUCUGCUGUCUCUAACCAUCAAAAUAUGAUUCGCUCCGUCAGUCAGCAGCAGAACCUGAGUCGCACCGGCACGCCGCACAUCGUACAGGGCACGCCCGUAAUGAACGCCUCAAUGCCGAAUCGCAACAUGACGCCUACUCCUAGUCGCAUGAACCAGGGCAGCCCAUCUAUGGCAAUGCAAGGGCAGACACCAAUGAUGAUGCAAACUCCUCAACCUGGCCAGAAUAUGACUCCUGAACAGAUGCAGCAGAUGCAACAGCAGCGCCUACAGCAGCAACUUCGUAUGCAGCAAAUGCAGCAACAAGGAGGAUCACCAGGUAAUCCACAACAACAAAUGCAACAAAUUGCAUUCCAAAAGGCCGCCCAGCAUAUUCAGACGCAAGGAGUGCCUCCAGGUCAAAAUCCACAAGCAUACCGCAAUCACCUUGCGCAGCAAUAUUUCAACCAACUGAAACAGCAGCAGCAGAAUCAACAGCAAUUGGCCUUGCAAAACAUGUCACCUCAGGGAGGCAUGCAGCAAAAUGGUAUGCCUCCACAAGGCAUGGCCUUUGCUAACAUGAACCUGCAGCAGAUGCGGCAACGGUAUCAGCAACACAAGCAGUCGGUUAUGCAGAAUUACGGCCAGAACAUCCCUCAGCAAGUUAUGCAACAGAUCCAUCAGAUGGAAAUACAGAUCAAGCAACGAGAAGCGCGUGAACAGCAGCAAAUUGCCAUGGCACAAAACAUGCAGAACGGUAUGGGCAAUCAGAUGAAUGGUGGACAGAUGAACGGCAUGCAGAACGGUAUGCAGAACGGCAAUCCGACCAACCCAAUGCAAAUGCAACAGUACCAGCAGAUGCUCCAACAACAACGUCAACAAGCCGCCAAUCAGUCGCGACUACUGCAGAUGCGUCAGCAAGCCAUGGCGAGCGGCGGUCAACUGCCUCAGGGCAUGAUGGGCAAUAUAAAUGCCAUGAACGGCAUGCAAGGCGGUGGUAUGCAGGGCAUGAACAUGGGUAACAUGGGCAACAUGGGUCAGGGCAUGAACAUGGCGCAAAUGGGACAGAUGAAUGGAGGCAUGGGAGGUAUGCAGGGUGGACAGAUGAAUGGUGGCAUGCAGGGUAUGCAAGGAAUGCAGGGCAUGAACCCGCAGCAGAUGAACCAGAUGAUGAUGAUGCGGCAAGCGCAGCAGCAGGCCCAGAGGAUGGGACAACAAGGUGGGCAACAAGGUGGGGACAUGGGAUGGACUGGUUAA